GACCACGUUGAAUUUCAGCCCAUAAAAAUGCAAGCCCUAAAAAUACAAUGCAUUAAAAUGCAAGCAAUGCAAUGCACUUUUUUUAAUUAGUGCAAUUCUACAAGCUUUUUAUUUCAAAAAUAUUUGGCAUUAAUAAACUUCCAUAACCUUACUGACGUUAUUUAAAGGUUUUAAAAAUAAAACCCAAAAAGAACAUUAAUUUCAGCAAGUCAGUCACCUUAAGCUGGAUGCAACAGGUAAAUUCUCUCAAAAGGUCGAGGAACACGAGAUGUGAACACUUUGUGUUAGAAGUCGCAGCUUCUUUUUUCCCCCGUGUCGUAGUUUCCAUCCAAAAAAAUGUGAUUAACCAUGCGUGGCUGAAUUUGAACACGCAACAGAGAUAGGUUAAAUGUACUGUGAAGUUCUCUUGAUGCUCUCAUUUCAGUCUAGCAUACGAUGUCAUGGCUUGGCGUGAUCGUGGAGUUCAAAUUGUUUUGACGAGCCUGGGCGCGUUCGCAGCGAUCAGCCUGAUGUCCGUCGCUAUCGGGACCAACUACUGGCUCUACUCUAGAGCACACAUCUGUAACACGACCAGAAACGCAACAGAUGAAACCCAAACCUUGCUGCAGCCAAAGAAAACACGAGGAGAUCUCACGCAUUCUGGACUUUGGAGGGUCUGCUGUAUCGAAGGGAUCAACAAUGGGAGCUGCUACUGGAUCAAUCAUUUUUCUGUGGAUAAUGACUAUGACACCGACAGUUCAGAGUACAUCCUCCGAUUGGUGCGGGCAUCCAGUCUCUUCCCCAUCCUGAGUACCAUCCUGCUUCUCUUGGGGGGACUUUGUGUCGGGGUGGGCCACGUUUACAGCAGCAGAAAUAACAUUACUCUGAGUGCAGGAAUCCUUUUUGUAUCUGCAGGUCUCAGCAAUAUCAUCGGCAUCAUCGUUUUCAUCUCUAGUAAUGCCGGAGACCCUAGUGACAAGAAAGGAGAAGAUAAGAAAAACUUAUACAGCUAUGGAUGGUCCUUCUACUCAGGUGUACUCUCCUUCAUUGUGGCUGAGGCCAUAGGUGUGUUGGUAGUUAACAUCUACAUUGAAAAGAACAAAGAGGUUAAUUUCAAGCACUUUGAGUUUAUUAAAACUGCCCCUCCCCCCUCACCCUCCCUCUACACCAGCAUUCCAAGUUACCAUUACAGAAAACAAUGGUCCCAGUCCUGUUCUCAAUCCACAGAUGCAUCUAAAAGCACUUCCCCUGCCAUACUUAGGGUCACCAGCUCCUCACUACCUUUGGGGGACAUUUCAAUGUAUAUGCUGGGGAGAGAACAUCCAUUCAAGGCAGGUGCUCUGGCCUCUUAUUACACUGAUCUUUCACAUCCUAACUUUUUGCAAGCCCACAACAACAUCCCUAAGGAUAAGGACAGUUUGAAUCACAAGAUAACUCCUGUGUAAAAAAUGCAGUUAUGUCACGCAUUUACCAUUUUUCGCAAUUGUUUUUGGCUCAAUACUCAUUUUUUUCUCUCUCUAGUUUCUUAUUCACGCCAGAUGUGAAUUUCUAAUUCAUUUAACCAAAUUCCAUGCAUUUUUGGCACAUAGGUACAAUUGUCUACAAUAUGCACAAUAACUAAAUACACAUGGUUUGCUGAUCAAAACUGAUGAGUUGAUUUAUUGAAAUUGUCACACUCCUCACAACUUCUUUUUCAUCAUAUGAGCCAGCAUAAUCCAUUUAAUUAUCAAAAUGUAUCAGAUAUACAUGUAUUUCACAUAAAUAUAUACAACAUUGAAUGUUUUUGGUUUACAUGUAAUGGAUUGCUACAACUGUGCAUAUUUUUUUUCUGUGUACUACAUGUGGGAACCGUUCAUGAACCAGACAAGUUAAUCGUUGAGAUGAUUCUUUCAAAACAUAAUUCCAGAAACCCAAGCUCAGAGAACCAAAUUUUCAGCUCCAGUCCAUCUACAGAACAACCUCCUGCUAGGUACUUUUAUGGCACCCAUGCUUCCUGACUCAAGGAAAGGUGGCAAACUUUUAAGCCAUUUGUAGAAACCAAAUGGUCGAAAAGACAACACAAUUUAAGCCCAAGAGGAUAAAGAGUCUCUGAUCUCCAGAUCAAAAGAGACUGAGACAUUGCAGACCUGUUCUCUGAGUGACCUCUGAAUGUCACAGGAGAACCCACAAAGACACAAACUGUAUCAAAUUGUUCCAAACAAUUUGAAACGGACUUAUCAAACAUCUUUUAAUUGCAUAAAUUUUAUAUCAUAUGCUACAUGUGACCAGUUAUGUUUUAGAACACCCACAACUCAUGUAACUGUAUAACUAUUGAAUGGUUGAAUGAAAGUAUUUCUUGUUUGAUAUGUAUUUAAAUCUCUAUUUUCCACUCAAAUCAUGGUUUGAAUGAAAUCUGUGUAAAAUGUAUCAUAUUCCAUUUAAUAGAAAUCAUGUUUAAAUGGUACUCUCUGCCGAGGCCGGCAAUUCCAGAGGCCCGAGGUAACACAGUUUAUGAUUGGGGCGGAGAAAAGCCACCUUUGAAACAAGACGAUACCUGAUUGGUCAUAACUCCUCAAAGAGGUGGGACAAACACCUAAGUUUAAAUAGUCAUAUCACAAGACAAUAGAAGACUAAGACAAAACUAAGAUGAAGACUGGGACCAGAGAAGUAACUAAUCCUUGAACAAAGAAGAAUUUGGCUUAAGACAAAGGACAGACAAGCAGCUCAUUCAAGCCAUCCAACUUUUACUCACUUUCUUUUUUUUUUUACUUUCUUUUCCAUUGAGAGUCUCGUGUUCUAAGCAGGUUCUAAGUUAAGUUUUGCUGCAAAGUUUAACCAACGACUUUUGCCGCCUCAACUUUAAACUCCAGCCACUACAAGAGACUUCAUUUAAUUGCAGCACGCUCAAACGUGAUUGGGUUUUACCUAACCACAAUCUGGACCUGAAAGAUCCUGCAACAAAUCAUUGUCUCGGAAAAACACUUUUCUCCAAGCCAAGGACGCUGACAAGGAGAUCCCCAUUUUAAAGUCGACAAGCAAGUACCUCCAGAUUCUAAAGCUGAACUGGAGCAUUAAAUUACUGUGAUUCAUGGUUUGUUCAAGUCAGGUCUUACAAAAUGUAUAUUUUGCUAGAAAUGCUCAUCAUUUCAUUACCUCUCUUAAAACUAUUUUUCUCUCAUUUCCUUUCUUUCUGCAACAUGUAUGAAUGUUUAUGUGUGUGUGAAUGUUUGUGUUAGAUUAGUUUGUGUUAAUAAUCAAUAAAGCCUCCUGUAGAUUUUAAAAGAAAGCUUCUUGUGUUUGUGCUUGUAAAUUUAAUGUCUUAAACUGUCGAUCUUGUUACAGAGCUAUUAAUUAGUGUUUUCACAAUAGUUGGAUAUUCAUAUCCGCAACAAGAGCUUAUUACGACCCGAGCAAAUGAACGCUGGACGAUUCAGUUGCUCGGUUGUAAACUAAAUGAC